ACAUAAGGGCUAUUUAUGGCCAUUUCUCUAGCAAACAAUAAAGAACAAGUUGAAAAGAAAAUGGAACGAGCUACGAAAGAAAUUUCAAUGAUCAAAAAAUGGCUAAAUCAACACCAGAAAUUAUAUACAGCAGCCACAAGACACCCAUUUACUCUUAGCAUCCGUGAUGGCUCUGUUGACCUCUCUGCCUUCAAGCGAUGGCUGGGGCAAGAUUAUAUAUUCGUUAGAGCCUUUGUCCCUUUCGUAGCAAGUUUACUGCUGAAAGCUUGGAAGGAGUCGGAUGAUGAUUCAGACGUAGAGGUCAUUUUAGGUGGUAUUGCUGCGCUGAACGAUGAGAUAUCAUGGUUCAAGAGAGAAGCGUCUAAGUGGAGUGUUUCGCUGUCUAGUAUUGUCCCUCAAAAGGCUAACCUGGAAUAUUGCAGAUUUUUGGAAAGCUUAACGAGCCCUGAAGUAGAAUAUACAGUUGCUAUUGCAGCCUUUUGGGCAAUUGAAGCUGUCUAUCAAGAAAGUUAUGCCCAUUGUUUAUCUGAUGGCUCUAAAACCCCAGAAGAACUAAAAGAGACUUGUCAAAGAUGGGGCAAUGAUGGUUUUGGUCAGUAUUGCCGUUCUCUUCAAAAUAUAGCUAAUCGUCGUCUUGAGAAGUCACCAGAAGAUAUCGUUUCAAAAGCUGAGGCAACGGUUAUACGUGUUCUGGAGUAUGAAGUUGAGUUUUGGAACAUGAGUCGUGGGGAAACCUGAGUGCCUCUUGCUUCCCACCACAUUCAUGUACAGAGACGUUUCAAGUUGUGCGACGCCAACAUUUUCACUCAGACGAUAUGUUGUACUCUAUAUGGAAAAAAUGUGAAAGUGCUUCUAGCAAAGAAUUGUUACAUUGGCAUGUUUUGGCUUCAUUAACAAGAAAUGUUUUUAAUCCGA